AUGACCUCAUGUACGAAGCGCGAUGUUGUCGACGCCAGUCACACAAGAUUGGUAAAUUUGGUUGUGCCACAGGCUUCGAGCUUUACAUCUACUAUGGACGUUAGUUGCACCCGACUGCUCCACGAUGACGAACUCAGCAUACGAUUACUUAGUGAUCGAAUUCGCCCAAGAUCUCGGAGUUCUCAUCUUUAUAACAAUGAUAAUACAGGAAAUACCCCUGGCCAUAAAUCUAGCAGUACUGCUCCCUUGGACGCAGUUAGCCCGUUUAACGAUAGUGACUUAGAUAAGUUAGAGAACUGUAAUGCCUCCGAAGGCAACUAUGUUAUCUGUGAUUGUUUAUAUUGUGAAAAAGACUGUACACGAUUUAUUAGUUAUUUUAUAAUAUUAAGUUUAUGGAAAAUAUUUAUGUGCCUAUAUAAAAGUCAAUGGUCAAUUGUAAAAAGGAAAUCUCACUCGGGUCGGGUGUUGCUUGCUGCUGUGUUGUUAAUAUCUUUUGCGAACGUCGAUGGCUUUGCCGAUGAGUUUGACAAAACAGAACAAUUUCUGGAUAAAGUGAAUUUGGAAAAGAGCAUCGCUGCUGUUUUUAACAAAGUGGCUUAUGGUAGUACGACCAAACGAUCCAUUCCUGAUAACGUCUAUCCGGUAACGACAUUGGCAACUCCCUUAUUAACUACGUAUCGAUACGUCAACGGUAACGAGGAAUGGCUUAGGGUGGAUCUGAAGAAUUCAGAUCCGGUUCCCGAAAGAUCAAAUGUAGAAUUCGAACAACCGGAUUUUGAAAGCGAAAAUAAUCGAAGGGAUCUUGAUAAUGGAUAUGGUGCUGAUCUUGAAAAGGACCAUGCGUUACCCACUUCAGCUCCUGCUGCCGAUAUUCUUAAAAACAACAACAACAAACACUAUAAUAAUCCUAACAGGUACAACAAUGACCGGUUAAAACCGGACUUUAAUGUAAAUAAUAAUCCGGAACAAGUUACUGAAAACAUAUACAAGACUACGACGUCGUAUAACUUACUAAGAAAUGUUAGACCCACUAAAUCUAUUUAUGGAAAAGAGCCACCGAGUUAUGUUCCCCCUAGUCGAGCAUUUUUCACACCUCCUCUUCCACCUGAAUAUCAAAACCCAUUUGCUGACAAACCAACUUUAAGAGGUACAAAUUCUGAUAGUUUUGCUAAUCGUAGACCUAUACCACCUCCAAGUCUAAUGCCUACGAAGGACAGAAUUCCCUUCAGACCAGAUUUACCCAAAGUUAAUAUGGAAAAAGUACCUGAGAGGACUAAUAACAAUAAUAACGAACAAUACCGCCCAUCCAAUCCAAACCAUUCACAAGAGAAUAAGAACGAAAAGAAGAAGUCGUUAAACACGCCUUCUCAAAAUGUUAGAAUAGGUGAAUUUCAUGGAUUAAACAGAAACAUGAACGAAAGCACUUUCGAGUACGAAAAAAUACCGGCAAUAACGUCAAUUACGAGAAUAUUAAGUGGAUCAAAUGGCCGACAUGAAGAUAUAUCCGAUAUACUUUUGAGAACGGUUACAGCCACCCCCAAUGUUCAACAUUUCGAACCCAAAAUACCAAAAACUAGAGCACCUGCUGCCGAACCCAGUUUGAAAAUCGAUGAUUCCAGUGAAGAACCCGUAAAACCUAAAAUAGAAGAUACCAGAAAUGACGAUACCACUUCCAAAAAAGAUUUUGUUCAGGAAUCUGGUCCUCCUGAUCGUUCAGAAAGUGUUACCAUAAAAAAGGAUAAUACUAUAUCUGAGAAGAAAAAUAAUCCCGAAGACGUGACCACGCAGAUGUCAGAUGUGCUUAAUUUACCUAACGUAAAGGAAAAAGAUAUCAACAAAGAAAUGAACGUUACCAUUGCUAAGUCAGACGAAAUUUGGUUAAUCUGUUGGAACGUUCAUGUCUAUUUGGUGGUGUUUGGUUAUUUCCUUUUGGCGAUGUUUUCGAUAUAUAAAUUAAUUCGCUAUGAAAACGAUCCUCACAUGUUUUCUAAAAGUUAUUUCUUAACUAUACAUUUAAUGCUUACUGUGAUCUGUGUGUUGCGUAUAUUUUACCUUAUAUAUGACCCCUACAAUUUGUACAACUCUUUUAAUGUUUUUCUUUAUGAUUUUCUUCAUAAUUUUCCUUUAAGUCUACUUGCGACAACUUUUGCAGUGCUGAUUUUAUUUUUACUGAAAAGAACUUUGACUCAUUUGGAAAUUAAAACUCGUCCAGUUAUUCUUGUGGUGGUUGCGUUAUUACACAUAGCUUUAUGCUUCUGUCUAAGUAUUGUGGAAACCUUGGGUCACUUCGACAAAGCCAGCUUAAAUGUAUGUAAACCGUUCUUCGUUCUGCUAGCUUGGGCUCUUGGUUUCAGCUAUCUGUAUCUUUAUAGGAUAAUCAAGAAUGUUCUUGCAAAGAAAAGUCAGAAUUUGUCUGAAAUGUGCACACAAAAUAUCUCUUACGCUAGUCAUAUUACUAUAGCUGUAGCUCUUCUAUUUAUUCUCUUGGGUUUAGUACAGGUGUAUGCACUGUUCUUUAUAAAAGUUGAUCGUUUCAACAAAGAAAUCAAACACCACUGGAUAUUGUGGAGUUUUGAACUAUCGGUAAGAUUUAUAGAAAUAUCUAUAAUUACUUUACUGGCCAUUGUUGUGAGUCUCAAGAUGUCCCAAAGAGAAAAACAGUCUGCGGGCGGCUUCCCACUUUUCCCAUGCACAACAAGCGAUUCCAGCACUGAUAAUAUUUACCCUAAUAAUUGUAACACUAAUCCUAACGCCCUUAACUAUAGUAGACAAGAAAUGAUUAUGGAUAACAUUCCGACAGAACCUGUUGAAAGACCAAAUUUGUUGAAAAACGCUUUCCAGAACGACUCUUUUGAUAAGAAAUCUACAUUGGAGAGAUAUCAAAGUGAUAGUGAACGUGGCAGUAAUUUUGAUAGAUUUGAACGACCAAAAUGGGGAUCUGACAGAUUUGACGCACGUACAAAUGAUGGUUCUAGCUUAAAUAAUUUUGUGCAACCAGGUUCUGGUAACUUCGAAAGAGGUCCUCACAAUUCUGUCCAAAAUUCGUUAAGAAACGAUAGAUCCUCUGCAAGAAAAGCUUAUGAUUCCGCGAAAUACUAUGUUAAACCUAAGUAUGACAUGGAAUAUACUAAUGAUGAUUACCAACAAGAUAUGUUCGUUAAUAACGCCGAUAGGAAUAUAUACAGUGAGCCUGUUGAUAAUCCCGGUUCACACCAGUAUGAGAGAACAAGACAUGAAUUUGAGCGAUCAGACUUUGACAGGCGAUCUAGAAAUAGUUCUAAUACCUCUGGUCGCAGGUCUACUGGUCGAACGCGAAAGAACCACCCCAGACCACAUUUAGGAGUUCAGACCUUACCGAAUCACGACAGGCAUCAGUUGCAGGAUUCUAUGCUAGUAGACGAGCAAGGAUUCGUGCGAUUCAGACAUAUGCAAGAGGAAUUGGACAAGCCGAAGAAGAUCAAGCGCCAGAUUAGUGACCAAAAUCACUAUAGUGAUGCGUAA